AUGUCUAAUUAUACACACUUGGAUCCGGCUACCCAGCAACAGCAAGGCGGUGUUGCCACCCUGCUCUGUUGUAACUGUGGUGCCCCUAUGGAUGGAUCCACAGGUAUGGUAAUGUGCUACGACUGUAUCAAGCUGACCGUCGAUAUUACACACGGUAUCCCAAGAGAGUCGAACGUUUCGUUUUGUCGUAACUGUGAGCGUUUCUUGCAACCACCAGGACAGUGGAUAAGGGCCGCCUUGGAAUCCAGAGAGUUGCUGGCACUUUGUCUUAGAAGACUGAAGGGUCUGAACAAGGUUAGGUUGAUCGAUGCGUCCUUCAUUUGGACUGAGCCACAUUCCCGUCGUAUUAGAGUCAAAAUUACCGUUCAGGGUGAAGCUAUGGCCAACACCAUCGUUCAGCAGACCUUCGAGGUUGAGUACAUCGUUGUUGCCAUGCAAUGUCCGGACUGUGCCAAAUCUUACACAACCAACACAUGGAGAGCUGCUGUUCAAAUAAGACAGAAAGUUGCUCAUAAAAGAACGUUCUUGUAUCUUGAACAGCUUAUCCUAAAGCAUAACGCUCAUGUCGACACUGUCUCCAUCAAAGAGUCUAAGGAUGGUUUGGACUUUUACUAUGCACAGAGAAACCAUGCCACCAAGAUGAUUGACUUCCUCAACGCGGUUGUUCCCGUCAAGUCCAAGAAAUCCGAAGAACUUGUUUCUACCGAUAUCCAUUCCGGUUCUUCGCAGUAUAAGUUUUCGUACUCCGUCGAGAUUGUGCCACUGUGUAAGGAUGACCUGGUCAUCUUGCCAAAGAAGCUCGCUCGCUCCAUGGGAAACGUCUCCAGACUUGUGCUAUGUUCCAAGGUUUCAAACACUAUUCAGUUCAUAGAUCCCGUUACUCUUCAAAUUGCCGACUUGACUGCCAGUGUUUUCUGGAGAGCACCUUUCGCAGCUCUUGCUGAGGCGACUCAGAUGAUCGAGUUUAUCAUUCUUGAUGUGGAGCCCGUUGGUGAGAGAAAGGGCAGAUGGUUGCUCGCUGAUAUUACAUGUUGCAGAGCCUCAGAUAUGGGAGUCAACGACAAAGAGUUCUACAUAAGGUCGCAUUUGGGUGGUAUCUUGCAUCCAGGAGACUCUGCGCUGGGAUACUACACCAGCAACUCGAACUUCAACUCCGAUCUCUGGGACAGCUUGGACACAGAGAACAUUCCAGAUGUGACUUUGGUGAAGAAACACUACACGAGGACCAACAGGUCUAUCAAAAGAAGACAGUGGAAGCUUAAAAGAAUGGCCAAGGAGCACAACGACAUCGUCGCCAACGACGAAUCCAGACAGGCCAAGCAAGAGGCAGAGAGGGCUGAAAGAGACUACGAGAUUUUCUUGCAAGAAUUGGAAGAGGACCAAGAGCUCAGACAGACUAUCAAUAUGUACAAGGCUGGUGUUCCACAGAAAGAUGAGAAUGACAUGGACGAUGAAGAUGAAGACGAUGCUCCACAAAUUGAUAUAGAUGAGUUGCUGGAUGAGUUGGAUGAGAUGACUUUGGAAGGUUAA